UGUGUUGGAUAAUAAAAACCAUUGACUAUUAGGACUAAACACAGUCAAGAUUCAAAAAUUCCACCAACUUAGACAUUUCCUCAAAUAUUUUAUUUCUAGCAAUACAAAUCUCACUUUUCAACACCUACACACUUCCCCCUUUUGACUACUAAUCUUAAUUUAAUAGGAUAAUAGUAUUCAUUACACUAGACAACAAUGAUAAAUGAUUUUGAAAAUGAUGUAGUGUGUGUACUGUGUGUUUGCUCACAUUAUCAACAGUUAACAACCAACCCAUUACCUCACAUCCCCACCACCACUGACAUUCACAAGAGAGAGAGAGAGAACAAGAUUUCAAUCAAACCCCACUGAUUUUUAUACCUCUCACCAGCCAUUUUCUUGCUCAUCACUUCCUUUCUCUCUCUGCAGAUUUCCUUCAUGGGUGCAGAAAACUACAGAAAGAGUGGACAGAUUCCGGCUUUUGGCGACUGGGAAAAUGCGAAUGAGCUGCCGAUAACGCAGUAUUUCGAGUGCGCGCGGCAGGCGGGGCUGCUCCGCUGCAGCUGCCCCGGCGAAUGCGGCGGCGCUUACGCCAACAACGCCGCUUAUUGGGGAGGCGGCGGCGGCGGCGGCGGUGGUGGUGGGAAUCCUUAUGGAGUUGGUUAUGAGAAGCCUCUACCUCGCCGACUUUAUGCCGUUCCUGAGCGCAAGACAAGAGGAACGAACAAGGGGUAUCCACAAUCAAAUGAGCAAAUGAAGAAAGUUAAGGUUCGUGACUUGAUGAGUCAACCAAGAAAUCAAGCACCCGCUCACAAACACCACCAAAAACAGACUACUAAAUCUGGAAACCUCGUACAGCAGAAAUCCUCAGUUUCUGCUAAACCUGUGGAUGAAGAUCUCUACAAGAUCCCUCCCGAGCUACUCGAAAAUUCCAAACGAAAAAAGAUGUUGGGAUUCUUCUCCAAAUGCAUGGUGCCUCCUUGUGCUGCAUGAGUCGAGCUCUGAGUAGUUUGAUAUCUUUUCAACUAAAUUGAGCUGAGGUUGGAGCAGGGAAGAUGAACUACACAAAGCUAUUGGACUUUGUGUAGGAAGAUUAUCAAAGGAAUUUACAAUCACUUUUCAUCUUCCUUGAAAUUUUUUGUACCACAAAUUUAGCUAAAUCGAGUUACGAAGAAUAUAUAGUUGCUGAUACCUAAGAAUUAUUAGUAAUGUGUAUGUAAUCAUGUUUGUAAACUGCUAUUUCCAAUAAUGACACCAUUGAUUGAUUAAACACAAAAUUAAUCUUGGUGCAAUAUAUGAGAAUUGAUGGUUCAUCUUCA